CUAGCGAGUAACGUAUGAAACAGGGGAGCCGGCUCCGGCUGGGGGAAAGGGACGUGCGGCUGUUGAAGGCGGGCCCUGCGGGAGCAGCUGUGGGGACGUCAUGGAGGAUGACUCGCCAGUGAUCUAUGGGCUGGAGUUCCAGGCCCGUGCUUUAACACCCCAGAUAGCAGAAACGGAUGCAAUUCGAUUUUUGGUUGGGACACAGUCUCUCAAAUAUGAUAAUCAGAUUCACAUAAUAGAUUUUGAUGAUGAAAAUAACAUUAUAAACAAAAAUGUUCUCAUCCAUCAAGCGGGUGAAAUUUGGCACAUUAGUGCCAGUCCUGCAGAUAAAGGUGUGCUAGCAACCUGCUACAAUAAAACUUCAGACAGUAAAGUCAUGACAUGUGCGGCUGUUUGGAGGAUGCCGAAGGAAUUGGAAUCAGGCAGUCAUGAAUCCCCUGAUGAUUCAUCAAGCAACACUCAAACCCUGGAGCUACUCUGUCACCUUGACAACACAGCCCAUGGCAAUAUGGCCUGUGUUAUAUGGGAGCCAAUGGGAGAUGGUAAAAAGCUCAUUUCACUGGCUGAUAAUCACUUAUUAUUGUGGGAUUUGCAAGAAAGCUCAAGCAACGCCGUGCUCUCCAAUUCUGCUGCAUUGGAAGGAAAAGGGCAAUUAAAAUUUACUUCCGGACGAUGGAGUCCACACCACAAUUGUACACAGGUUGCAACAGCCAAUGAUACUGCCAUUCGAGGAUGGGAUACACGAAGUAUGAGACAGAUCUAUUACAUAGAAAAUGCACAUGGACAGCUGGUACGGGACCUAGACUUCAAUCCCAAUAAACAGUACUACCUGGCUAGUUGUGGAGAUGACUGCAAGGUGAAAUUCUGGGAUACUAGAAAUGUCACUGAGCCAGUGAAGACACUAGAGGAGCAUUCCCACUGGGUAUGGAAUGUACGAUACAAUCAUUCUCAUGACCAGUUAGUCCUUUCAGGCAGCAGUGAUAGCAGAAUCAUUCUGUCUAACAUGGUAUCAAUUUCUUCUGAGCCCUUUGGACAUCUGGUAGAUGAUGAUGAGCUUAGUGACCAAGAGGACCACCAUCAAGAGGAGAAGACUAAAGAGCCCCUUCAGGACAGCAUAAUAGCUACCUAUGAAGAACAUGAAGACAGUGUAUAUGCAGUGGAAUGGUCCUCAGCAGACCCAUGGCUUUUUGCUUCUUUGAGUUAUGACGGGAGACUUGUUAUUAACAGAGUUCCCAGAGCACUUAAAUAUCAUAUACUGUUAUAAUUUGUUUGGAUUAUGAUAUAAUCAUUAUCUUGGCAUCAUUUUUAGAAGCUUUAAAUGUAUUGAUAAUUGUUUAGCUGUCCAAGUACAAUACUUUUUUGUUCAGUGUAAACAUUUAAACAUAAUUAAUACAUAAAACAAUAAAAUAAACUUGACUAAAA